AUGAGAGCUCAGCGAGAGAGAGAGAGAGAGAGAGAGAGAGAGAGAGAGAGAGAGAGAGAGAGAGAGAGAGAGAGAGAGAGAUCUACAGUAUGCUCACAAGCCUAG